AUGCUGGAAGAAUGUCUGGACCUCAUGCGACGGCUGCCGCCCCAGCGGACGACUGAGAACCUCAGCAAGUUGCUCGAGCUGUGCCCCGACUUGGCAGAAGAUCUCCUGAGCUCGGUCGACCAGCCUCUCGUCAUCCGAACGGAUCGUGCCGGUCGUCAGUACCUCUGCUGCGACUAUAACCGCGACGGCGACAGCUGGAGGUCACCGUGGACGAACGAGUACGACCCACCGCUCAGCGAUGGAGCAAUGCCGUCGGACAGGCUACGCAAAGUCGAAGAGGCCGCCAAUGACGCUUUCGAUGUCUAUCGCGACAUGUACUAUGGCGGCGGUCUAUCAUCUGUCUAUCUAUGGGACACCGACGACGGCUUCGCUGGCGUUGUUCUGCUGCAGAAAGCCUAUGUGCCAAGCGAGAAGCCAGACAACCUGCUCAGGAGCACUUGGGACUCCAUACACGUCUUUGAGAUGACAGACAAGGGACGCUCGUCUACUGUCAAGCUCACCAGCACGGUCCUGCUGCAUUUGGUAAGGCAUGAUCCGUCUGUGGGUGAGCUAGAGCUGGGUGGAAGCAUGACGCGCCAGCUCGAGCAAGAAGUCACGCGAGAUUCCUCUCUGCCUCAACCACAUGUCGUCUGUCUUGGCCGGAUCAUCGAAGACAUGGAGGCAAAGAUGCGCAAUCUACUUCAGGAGGUCUACUUUCAAAAGUCUGCCAAUAUCUGCAAUGACAUUCGAUCGAUCCAAGGACUGGCAGAAGGCAAGCGUCGUGCCGACCUACAAGGCGAGCUUGUCGGUCUCCUGCGAAAGACCUGA